AUGGCAUCAGAAAUCACAAGCACAACCACAGAUAAAGCAGCAACCUGGCAGCCCCUCUCCACACACGACGUCCCCGCUGUAAUGCACAUGGCGAAUACCAUGCACGCCUCACUCCCCGAACGCGCAGCCGUCUUCGAAGAGCGUAUUGCGCUGUUCCCGCGCGGCUGCCUGGGCCUGUUUGACGCGUCCAAUAGGCUAUGCGGGUACCUGAUUUCGCAUCCGAUUCGGCGGGGCCAAGCACCUGCGCUGGAUUCUUUGCUGGGAGAAAUCCCAGGCGACGCGGAUCAGUAUUAUGUGCAUGAUUUGGCGAUUGCAGCGGGAUUCCGGGGCACGGGGUUUGCGCAAAGGGGAGUUAGUGGGGUUUUGGAGGGCGUGGCAAGCGGGUAUGCGACGAGUGGGUUGAUUUCCGUCUAUGGGACUGGGGCAUUUUGGGCGAGGUUUGGGUUUGGGGAAGUGGAGGAAAAGGAUGAGGAGGGGGGUUUCGCGGACAAGAUACGGGGGUAUGGCGAAGAUGCUGUGUAUCUUGAGCGGAAGAAUGGCUAG